GUCUGAUAACUGGAAUUAGUGCGUGUGUUAUGUGUUAAAGGUGUGGGUGUACUCGCGGUGCGUGGUUGAUAAAGCGCGUAAACUCUGUGGAUGCAGCGAGAAUCAAUGCCCGAGGCGGGGUGAGGGAGGAGGCUGUCCGCGCAGAUGCCUGUUCAGAACACGGCACACGUCAAUAAUUCGUUUUCUAAUUAACUCCGAAGAGCGAGACCCCAGUUGGAGCUUUUAGAACGCCUUUAUGGAUCAAAGUCACACAGAAAAUGUAACCAGUGCGCGUUUAUCGGUGAUCGGCGGUGAUCGAGUCUGCGCAGGCCCGGUUCAUCUCACACGAGCCUGCAGUUUAUUUUAAAGAGGAUCGGACACCAUGAAUGAAGUGGAUUAUCUUCAGCACAACAGAGCUGAGAUUCCAGAUUUUGAAGAGAAGCCGGACAUCAAACCUCCAGAUGUGGACCAGCUGCAGGAGGCGGAUAUAAACCGACCCUCUGAUGUCCAGCAACUGUUGGUGAUCAAAGAAGAAGUUUCCCAUGAAUGGAGCAGCAGUUUGGACCGGCAGGAUCUAGAGCUCCUCCAUAUAAAGGAAGAACAGGAGGAACUCAGGAACAGUCAGGAGGAAGAGCAGCUUAAUGGUCUAGAGAAAGCUGAUAUCCUCAGGUUCCAAUUCACUGCUGGUCCUGUGAAGACUGAAAAUGAUGAAGAGAAACCUAACUCUUUACAUCUUCUUCAAAAUCAAAUGGGGGACCAUACAGUGGCAGAGCCUGCAGUUUGCAGCUUGCAUAAAGAGAUAAAAACAGAAAGUGAUGGAGAGCACUGUGAAGGACCUGGGCCUGGAUCAUGGAACCCAGAUCCAAAUAAUCUGUUACAACCAAAUACUGAUGAGAAGGCCUCAGACUCUUCUGAGACUGAAGUCUCAGAUGAUGAUGAUGACGAUGAUGAUGAUGAUGAUGGUUAUGAUUGGCAGGAACCUUUGUCAGAUUCUGGACCUGUAAAUGAUGGCGGUGAACAUAAUCUGCGGGUUCCUACAUCAAGUGCAAAUGGACUAAAAUCUCUGAAAAACAAGUGGCCUCUUCAGAGACCUGUAACAAGUCAUUCAUUGGAAAGUUCCUCCAGUCGUUUAGGAAAAGUAGGUUCACAAAUGUCAGCAACCAGACAAGACAGACAAUUUGUCUGUGGUAUUUGUGGGAAACGAUUUACACAAAAGCAAAAUCUUAAGACACAUAUCCGAAUUCACACUGGAGAAAAACCAUUUCAUUGUGAUUUUUGUGGAAAAUGUUUUAGACAUCUCUAUAGUUUUAAAGCGCACAUCAGAAUCCACACAGGAGAGAAACCAUUUGUAUGUGAUAUCUGUGGCGAAAGAUUUACUCAACAACAGAAUAUCAAGAGGCACAUGAGGGUUCACACAGGAGAGAAACCAUUCAGUUGUGGCAUUUGUUCAAAAAGAUUUACACAACAGGUAGAUCUGAAGAGACAUAUGAGAGUUCACACAAGGGAAAAACCAUUCGGUUGUGAUCUCUGUAGUAAAAGAUAUAACCUGAAGACACAAUUAAGUGCACACAUGAGAAUUCACACAGGAGAAAAACAAUUUGCUUGUGAUGUUUGUGGUAAAAGAUUCAACCGGAUGGCACUUGUUAAAGCACACACACGAGUUCACACAGGAGAGAAACCAUAUGGCUGUGAGGUCUGUGGAAAAAGAUUUAACAGGAAGUCGCAUCUUAAAGCACACACGAGAGGCCACACAGGAGAGAAACCACAUGGUUGUGAUGUUUGCGGCAAAAACUUUGUACAUCAGCGUGAUCUCAAGAUCCACAUCAGAGUUCACACUGGAGAGAAACAGUUCAGCUGUGCUGUGUGUGAAAAAAGAUUCACUCAUCAAGGAACAUUGACAAGACACAUGAGAGUUCACACUGGAGAGAAGCCAUUCAGCUGUGGGGUUUGCGGUAAAACAUUUACCCAGAAGGGAAAUCUAAACAGACAUGUGAAAACCCACACAGAGGGUGCAGCGAGGGCACUUACCUGUUAAUGAAUCAUUUAUAUAGUCUCUGGAUUUAUUUUUUUUUGUUCAUUGAGCCUGGUAAGUUAAUGAGUGCUUUGAAAGAUGUCAGCAAUUUAUUUUCAAGCUUCAAAUCAGAAGCAAUACAAUACAGCACAAAAAUAUCUAACAAAAAAAAUCAAGAAAAUGGCUGGUGACAUGUGCAUGAGGGGUGGUGCUGGUACUCAUAGUGAAGCAGCCAUAUUGUAAUUAUAUGUUGCUGGAUUUUCUUGGGACAUCGCACUGAGAUUGGAUUUAUUUGUACAUUAUCUAAUAUCGAAAGUACUUUUGAUCUUUUACCCUUUCAUUAUUACUGUUGCUUUUUUUUCUAACAUGAUAUUCUUAAUAAUCUAUGCAUGAACAUUUCUUUCAAGAUAAACUUAAACUUGGGACUGUUUUAGAUGAAGGUGGGAGCUCACCAGAAUAAGUCUGGAUCAGCAGGACAUCAGUAAAACAGCAGCUAAACUGGAUUUAGUGGUCCUGGGUUACACAGAAUCAGACACAUCUAUUCCUGAUAGUUUUAGUUGUAUGGAAUUUCUUAACUAAUGUAAUUUUGGGUUUCUUUUAAUUUUGCAUUCAUUUAAAGGUCUUUAUUGUAUUUAGAUUUUGUACUGAAUCACCUUCUUCACUUUUUGGUUGCUGUAAUGGUAACUUCCCAACUUUCUGGAUAAAUAAAACAAUUCUUUUUU